UCCAGUGAUAUGUCAGGAGCUGAAUCAGAAGCUGGAGCGAUUUAAUGAUUAUAACUGUAUUACUAUAAGAUUAUCAAUAAAACAUUAUAAUUUCCCUCCCAAUUAAUAAUUACGUCAUUUGCAACAUUCUAACAUUUUCUUAUUUGAUCAUUGCUACUUUAGUGUCCAAACCAUUUUUAUUGAAAUACAUUUGAAACGUAUUAGAUUCAUUCGUGAAAAUGAUUACUAACAGCCAGGAAAUCUAAAUGAGAUCAUUAAAUCGCUGCAAUUUCUGAUUCAGCUUCGGACAACACCGGAGUCCGACUCCCAUUCGCACCCCCUACUCCUCUGCGCUCUGUGAUAUGGUUUCUCCCGGUUUGUAUAUAUUCAGGAGCGCGCGCACGCACGCAAUGUUGACACGCGCACCUACCUACAAGCGUGAACGUCAAAGACUGUACACAUGAUAUCGUCGAGGUUCUUUAGUUCAAGGCUGUUGAAAGUCUUCACUAAGCACAUCAGGAUGUCCUCCAAUAAUGUGGGAGGGCUGGGGUCAGGUGCAGGGAAAGGAGGAGGAGGUGGCGGUUCAAUCAGGUCAGCAGGAGGAGCAUUUGGAAAGCGUCAGGCCGCCUUGGAAGAGCGGUACUUUAAGGAGAAGGAACAGGAACAGAUAGCUGCUCUGAGAAAAAGUCGUCAGGAAAUAAUCAAUCACCAUAAGAGGCAGAUUGAGGAUCUUCAAAAAGAGAUCCGCUUCCACGAACGCAAACUUGAGAAGUUGAUACAACAUGAAUCAGAGUAGUGCACAUUUCCACUAGGAAUAUUAUAAAUGCUAUUUGCAUGAUGUAAACA